AUGUUUACCCAAGCAUCUCAAACCCCAACUCAAAAGGGAUCCACUCAUAAGAGAGCGCAACGUGGUGGCAAGUUCACCAUUGAAGAAGACAAAUUGCUUGUAUCAGCAUAUUUGAAUGUUAGCUUGGAUGUCGUGCAAGGGAAUGACCAGAAACUUAAAACAUACUGGAGAAGAGUGUGGGAUUAUUUCCACGAGCACAUGCCAUUGGCUCAGCGUAAUGAGAACUCUAGGAUGAAUAGGUGGUCGACCAUUCAACUUUCCGUUAACAAGUUCUGUGGAUGCUUUGCUAGAAUUGAAGGAAAGCAUCAAAGUGGUAUGAAUGAGGAAGACAAGGUCUCUGAAGCAAACAAAUCGUACAAGGAACUCCAUGGAGGUUCAUUUCAAUUUGAGCACUAUUUGAAUAUUUUGAAGUACCAACCAAAGUGGCAUGUCGAUGUUGAGAAGAAAAAAACAAAGAAGAACAAAACUUGGACAGUACCUUCUUCUUCUACUCCCAAGUUGGUAGAUCUUGGAGAAUGUGAUGCCACAUUUGUGGACUUGGAGAGACCUAUAGGUACCAAAGUUGAGAAGAAAAAACAAAAGUUAGCUGAAAUUCCUAGUUCUCCUCUUGCAAGAAUACUAACUGACAUAAAAGAAGAACAAAAGAAAAUGAGCGACAAGAAAAUGGACAUCAUCCAGCAACUACAUGUUCAAGAGCAGGAGAGACACCAACUUGAUAAAGAGAGACUUCGUAAAGAGCAAGAGAGAAAUGCUAUUAAGAAAGAAAUGCUACGUGUGAAAUAG